CUAAGCCCUUCCCGGCAGCACCCCCACCCCCAUCUCAGGCAGGACCAUGCUGGCUGUCCCCGUGGGACUUGGAGCACCAAGUCCAAUGCUGAGGCAGGACAGCUGGCCCAGCUCCCUGCAGCAUCCGGACCUUCGGCUUCCAGGAGGAGGGAGGACUUCGGAGCCCUUCUAGAGAGCCACCUUGUGCCUCUGCUCUUCUGCGGAGUCAGACUGAAUGAACUUCUGCUCUAUAGAGGAAGUGGGAAAAGAAUUGGACGCUGACCCUCUGCCAGGGCUGCUAUGUUGGGAGCUGGUUUUGAUUUGUGUUUUGUUUUUUAUGGGGGGGGUCUUCUCAUUUCCCCCUACCUCUCUGUCACAAACCUGUCUUUUCCUGGUCACUGAGACAUGGGCUCCCCAUGCCCGGCAGAGAACUGGCUGGGAACACACUUCCUAAAACAAGCGACAGGUGAGCCCACUGCUCCCUGGCCUGACAGUCCGAAGCAAUGCCCAUGUCUUCCAGAGACGGGGACUUGCAUCCUGGACACCAUCAUUUUGGCUCCUGCAGUCCCUUGAGUCAGCUCUGGCCGGGUCCCGAGCCUCAGUCAGUCAAGGGCCUUUACUACCGCAGGGCCCGGAAGGUGGGCAACCUGGACGCCUCUCCAGAGGCCAGCCUGAAGGAGAUCCUGGUAAACGUGGGUGGCCAGCGGUACCUGCUGCCCUGGAGCACCCUGGAUGCCUUCCCGCUUAGCCGCCUGAGCAGGCUCCGGCUGUGCCGCAGCUAUGAGGAGAUCACGCAGCUCUGUGAUGACUACGACGAGAACAGCCAGGAGUUCUUCUUCGACAGGAACCCCAGCGCCUUCGGGGUGAUCGUGAGCUUCCUGGCCGCGGGAAAGCUGGUGCUUCUGCGAGAGAUGUGCGCCCUGUCCUUCCGGGAGGAGCUGAGCUACUGGGGCAUCGAGGAAACCAACCUGGAGCGCUGCUGCCUGCGCAAGCUGCUGAAGAAGCUGGAGGAGGCGGCCGAGCUGCGCCGGGAGGAGGAUGCCCAGCGCCAGCAGCAGCGCCAGGCCUGCCACUCCGAGGUGCACGCUUCGCGAUGGGCCCGCAGCAUGAACCAGCUGCGGGAGAUGGUGGAGGACCCACAGUCCGGGCUGCCCGGGAAGGUCUUCGCCUGCCUCUCCGUGCUCUUCGUGGCAACCACGGCUGUCAGCCUGUGUGUGAGCACCAUGCCCGACUUCAGGGCUGAGGAGGACAAGGGAGAAUGCACUAGAAAAUGCUACUACAUCUUCGUGGUGGAGUCCAUCUGUGUGGCCUGGUUCUCGCUGGAGUUUUGCCUGCGUUUUGUCCAGGCCCCGAACAAAUGUCAGUUCUUCCGCGGGCCCCUGAAUGUCAUCGACAUUCUAGCCAUCUCCCCAUACUACGUGUCGCUCGCAGUGUCUGACGAGUCCCCGGAGGCAGGCGAUAGGCCAAGCGGCAGCUCCUACCUGGAGAAAGUGGGGCUGGUCCUGCGUGUUCUGCGGGCUCUACGUAUCCUCUACGUCAUGCGCCUGGCUCGCCACUCGCUGGGGCUGCAGACGCUGGGCCUCACUGUGCGCCGCUGCGCCCGAGAGUUUGGCCUCCUGCUGCUCUUCCUAGGGGUGGCGGUUACCCUCUUCUCUCCUUUGGUCUACGUGGCUGAGAAUGAAUCUGGAAGGGUCCUGGAGUUCACUAGCAUACCCGCAUCCUAUUGGUGGGCCAUCAUCUCCAUGACUACCGUGGGCUAUGGGGACAUGGUCCCUCGCAGCGUGCCGGGACAGAUGGUGGCUCUGAGCAGCAUCCUUAGUGGGAUCCUCAUUAUGGCUUUCCCGGCCACAUCCAUCUUCCACACGUUCUCUCACUCCUAUCUGGAGCUGAAGAGGGAGCAGGAGCAGGUCCAGGCCCGCCUCCGGCGUCUUCAGAACACCAAUUCGGCCAGCGAACGGGAGCUCCUGAGUGACGUAGAUGAUCUGGUCCCUGAGGGUCUGACCUCCCCAGGCCGCUACAUGUAAUACCACCUUAGGAAUGUGCCAUAGCUUCAACCCAUCCCAUGACUGAGACGGGCUCCCACAUCUCUCUGAUGGACCGCCUGAGCAUGUGAGCUCAGAAUACUUACUGACUUACUUCCAAAGCAGGAAAGGUGCCAGGUGACAUCAUUGGCAUGAUCCUGGGCCCAUCCCUAUUCCUUCCCCAGCUCCCUGCCAGUCACUGGGCACUGACCAUCUUGCCAUACUGGAUGGUCAGUAUGGUUCUUUUCCCUUCUUUGCAAACUCUAUGCUAUUCCACCCUGGACUCUGGAUGCUCACAGAACUGACUUCCACUAAGAGCCAAAUACAGAGUCUGCAGAUUUCCACCUUCUCCCUCAGACCCCCUGUCCUGGGCCACACCACUCCUGAGAAUCAGAGAGCUCUGUCACUGAGACCUGCUCAGAGCUCCACACAGCCUGAGAGUCUUCCAGACAGAUCUUGUGUUCUCAUACUGCCUUCCACCGCCAACCAUAUUGCCAAAUGCCAUGGAACACCUACUGUUCUAGAAGCUCUUAGCCAAGAAGGCAGCCCUGGCCACUUCAGCAAAUCCUGUCAGGUUCUCAUGGCUGCAAGCCUGCUGUCACCUGCAACACGCCUGGGGACCUACCUGGGCAGGAGGGCCACCUGCAAGUACCCAGUUGGCCACCUGGACUCUGGGUGGACAUUCCUAGUUAUCCAGCUCUUAGCCUUGACAAGGGGACUCUGAGAACUGUAUAAUGUUCCUUCAGGAGGAACCUCAGUCAGCUAAAUGUGGCUGACAGCUCAGCAGGACAGCCUUAGGCAUUCCUGGUUCUAGCUCCCUGCUCGCUCGUGACCCACACUGAUGGAGGACAGGCACCCCUGCUGUCUCUGUGUCCACAUAUCCAUGGGCUCAUCUGUCCACACACUCAGCCCUGAGAUCCAUAGAGACGCAGAUCGCUCUGCCUUACAGGGACAAAUCUGAAAUAAAGGGACCUCUGAGCAGCUGGUACCCUGAAGUUUCCCAAGACAAUGGGGGCUAUUGCUGAAGAGUCCCUUGCGGGGGGGGGGGGGGGGGCAGAGCAAUAGGGCAGGCUAGGAUCGGGAGCCGGUGGACCUCAGAGCAUGGUGACUGUUCUACGGUUGAGGACAAGGUUGACAGUCCAAGGGGCCGUGAGACAGAGUGGAAGUAGGAGUGACCUGUGGGUUCAACUCCUCUACAACACUACCAGUCUGGCCCAGCACACUUGUGAGAGAUCGCUGUGCCAUUUUUCAGGAGUCACGCAGUCCUGCUGUCAUUUGAUAUUGGCUGGGAGGCCACUGGGGAAGGUACAAGGGGUAACAGGGAAAUAGACAGGACCCUGUGACUCUGACAUGGUUCAUGUGUGGAUACAGUCAGUACUGCACCCCGCUAACACGUUGGUCUUUCCACUACUAUUGAGCUGAGCUCUGCUGCGUGCCACACCCCCACUUUCCCGACUGUCGCCACAUGGCCAAGAGCUCUGCCCAGAAAAGCCCCAGCAUCUACCCUAAAGUGCAUCUUGAUGGGAAUUCUCACAUCCUCUGACUCCCCAAACAGAUGUACACACAUGCCCCCAUCCCUCUAGACCUCAAGGUGCGGGGAGCACCCUGAGUCCUUCUCAAGCUCUCAGGUCUCAAGCAAGCCCUUUAUGUCGCACUAGGAGAGCUGAGGCCCACGGUGUGAUGCUUAGCUCCAGGAAUUGGCUAGCAGAGUCCUGGGGGGACCUGAAUGUAUUCUGAGAACAUAUUAAAAAUAGCUAUGUUAACCUUU